ACAUGCCUUAACGUACAGACCUAUCUCCAAACAGCUGACUGCUGUCCAUCAGCAAGGAACGACACUGAGCGGUAUGGAUCGUAUGGAUUGUAUGGGUUAAGGAACGGAUUUCAAGCCUACCAUUUCCGGGCUAUACCGAAGGAAUAUAUAUCCAAGUGGUAUGGAGAAUACAGUUACACGAUUUUAGCCAUAUUGUCCCGAAACAAAAUAGAAUUUUCAGUAUGGUGUUCCAACUCAGAGGAAUUCUUCGCAAUGUACAUGCAGUUCGUUGGUGUAACAAUAGUGUUUUGAGGUUAGGUUUACCAUCAUACACAGCACAUGGGUACCAUAACCUCAACUGUAAAUCUUACUCGGAUUCCAAAAACGAAUCCAGACCACUUUUUAAUGUGUUAAAGUCUAUCGGAACAAGGAAUGAAAAUGUACGAAAUGCAAUGGAUACAAGUAUGACCUCUAAAGACUACCGCGUCCUGUACAGAUUUCCAUAUACACGAGUUGGCGGUAUUGUUAACAAAUUGAAGAAACAUUUCACAGUAGUGUCAGCUGCAGGAUUACCUACUAGUGCCCUUUUGAAAUUGAUUGACGUUAUCAGCAUUGAUACAAUGACAGCCUUUAUUGCUCUAGGUGGUAUGACUUGCUGUGUCCUACAUUCAUUUGGUAUCAUCUUCUAUAAGCUUGUGGGUGCUAUCUAUCUUAGUUCUGAUAGCAGUAGAAUUAAAAUUUCAUAUUUGGAUUUCUGGGGCAAACGUGUUGAUAUUUACUGUCCAGUGUCAGAUGUUGUCCCAUUUUCAGAGAUUAGAGAGAGAACUGGUGAUAUUUAUAUAAACUUGAGGCGAUAUUCUACACCACAGACACUUCAUUUCACUCUGCGCUUUGGAACAGUUCUUGACGCUGAGCUUUUUACUCAUGUCUUUGGUAAUAGUAAUGAAUUUUAAUAAUAGUAAAAACUAAAGUUUUUAAAUCCAGAACUUGAUACUUUGUUAGGACAUUGAAAGUUAAUGUGUAGGAAUGGUGAUUGAUUCAUACAUUGAAUUUCUAGCAGUUCUUAAACAAGGCAUUGCCUUCACCUACAGUGCAGUCAUAAUAAGGAACAAGUCUGUGGAUUUUAGUUUCUGAGGUGGAAAAAAUUAUUUCUUUCACCAAUGGUGACACUGGUCCUGAGUUUGGCCCAUAUCUAUGGGAUUCAGAUCAAGGCCCCCCAUAAACACACACAGUUUGGCCUUCUGAUCGACCUUACAGGCAAAACUGUGACAGUUUACCCCCUCCCUUUCCUCCC